AUGCCUACGUUAUCCAACUUCACCCAGACUCUGGAAGAUGUCUUCAGAAGGAUUUUCAUCACCUAUAUGGACAGCUGGCGCAGGAACACAACGGCCGAGCAAGAGGUGCUGCAGGCCAAAGUGGACUCCGAGAACUUCUACUAUGUCAUCCUGUACCUCAUGGUGAUGAUUGGGAUGUUCUCCUUCAUCGUCGUGGCCAUCCUGGUGAGCACGGUGAAAUCCAAGCGGCGGGAGCACUCCCAGGACCCCUACCACCAGUACAUUGUGGACGACUGGAAGGAGAAGUACAAAAGUCAGAUUUUGCACCUCGAAGAAUCCAAGGCCACCGUCCAUGAGAAUCCAGGUGCGGCAGGGUUCACGCUGUCCCCGUGA